AUGGAUACACAUUUCUGGUCCCCCGACCAUAGAGAUGAGGUUCCUUUCGAUGAUCGGUGGGAGAUCGCUUUUACUGCGAAGUCUGCGAUAAAGAAUCUUAAUCGUUCUCCUUUCAAUUUUUGUGGCGACUGUCUGGAGCAUAUUGAAGACAAUGAUUUUCCCUGGUGUUGCAGUUUAUGCAUCAAGAAGUGGCAUCUUCGUUGUGUCCCAAGCUCACCGGACGAUAUAAACCACCCGUUCCAUCCAUACCAUCCGCUGGAGCUUCUCAUUGAUGUCCCACGACCACCUGAUCACUCCAAGAGUAAAUGCGAUGAAUGCCAGCAAGAACUCAAGAGCUAUUUCUACCAUUGUUCGCUAUGCGAUUUCAGCAUGCACGUGAGGUGUUCCAAGGAGCCACCACCACCGAUUGUGGAAACAGCGAAGUGCCACGAGCAUACACUUACAUGUAUGGUUAGAAAUGACACCUUCACUUGCAACGCUUGUGGUACCCAUGGUGAACGAUGCCCUUACGUAUGCGCUCCAUGCGGUGUCAUGUUCCAUUGGGAAUGUAUCAAGCUACCACACGUCAUAAACAUCAAUCGCCACAACCACCGAGUCUCUCACACCUUUUCUCUUGGUUUUGGGAAGAGGAAAUGCAUGAUUUGUCACAAGAAGGUGGAUUGGAGGUACGGAGCUUAUUCAUGUUCCACAUGUCCUGAUGAUUAUGUCGUUCACUCAAAAUGCGCAACUAGAAGUGAUGUGUGGGAUGGGGUAGAGCUCGAAGGGGUGCCUGAAGAAUAUUUUGAUGUUUUGCCAUUCGAAGUUAUUGAAGAGGGAAUUUCAAUUAAACAUUUUUCCCAUGAAGAACAUAUCUUAUACACGGUUGAAGAUGAGGAUGAUAUGACUGACGGAAGCAUGCGUUGUGAAGCUUGCGUCCAUCCUAUCUUUUCCGAGGCUCACUACAAGUGUAUGGAAUGCCACUUUAUCAUCCACGAAACAUGUGCUAAUCUUCCUCUUCGAAAACGACAUUGGCUCUCCACGACGCCGUUUUAUUUAAACGCCAAUGACAAUGAUACAAGCGACUCUUUCUUUCGGUGUGGUGCAUGUCAAACAAUAUCCAAUGGUUUCAGGUACGAGAGUGAUAAGGGAGUAUCACUAGACAUGCGAUGUGCGUUCGUGAUCUCAUCGUAUAGUGAUCAUGAAUGUCACCCGCAUACCCUCUUUAUCACUACCCUGGACGAGGGAAAUUGUGGGGGCUGUAAGCUCACCAAAAAGCAUGUGCUACGUUGUACUGAAUGUGAUUUCUCAUUGUGCUUGGCGUGUGCUACUCUACCGAAAAAGAUAAAACGCAAGGGUGAUGAGCAUUUUCUAUUCUUGCGCCAUGGUGAGAAAGAAGUCAGCGGUAAGUAUUGGUGUGAAGUUUGUGAAGCCGUUUUAGAUCCACAUGAGGAAUGGUUUUACACAUGCCAUGUUUCUGGAGUCACUUUUCAUAUUAAGUGUGUGGUUGGUGAGUUUCCAAAUGCUAAGCCAGGAUUCACUUAUCGUUAUCAAUGUGUGCUAGGGCAUAAUCUUACACUCUACGGCGCAAGAGUCUGCACUCGCCACCACGGGGAAGAGAUAAUACAACUUGUUCGCAAUGACCGUUCUACGAGACCUAAAUGCGCCUCAUGCGGCUCUCGUUGCCUAACUCCCCUUAUUUUAAAGUUCUACUUGGUGGAUACUUAUGAGGUUUAUUGUUGUAAUCUUGAGUGUUCUCUCAAAUUUCUGCUAGACUCAGCACAAGACUUUAACCAGUAUUUUCAAAACUGGACCAGACCAGCCGGCCGAACCGGUCCAACCAUAACUCCUUUAGUUGGUUGA